CUCCGGGGUCAUCGUCCCCUAGCAGGGCUGAGCUGAGGUGGGGGAUGUCCUCGGUGAAGAAGCUGCUGUUCUCCAACAUGGGGGACGGGUAUAUGCUGUUAGUCCAUUCGCUGUCAUCCAAAUUCUACACACAGCAACAAGACUGCCGAGUGCGUUUCUCGGUGUGUGCGCGGAGUGUGGGGUUCGGCCCGCGGGACUGAAAAUGGCAGAAAGGUCUGGAACCCUGGGAGUUACUGCAGGGAGAGGAUUUGAAAUUAAACCGGAAAUGAGGCUUGAAUUCAUCUGAAUAGAGAUCUCACAUUUGGGGUUUCAAAGGGGUGGAACAUUUCCAAUCAGUUUCCAGAAAAAAGGAAGUUUGGCUGAAGAAUUUGCUUGUCUGAAGAGUGAAGCAGGCGUGUUCCUCGACAGGGAGCGGGCCGGCGUUACCGUGGCAAUGACGCGACUGCCGCUGCCAGUUUUUCAGGAUACAAGCCACCUUUCGACUCCCUCGACGUGCAGCAUCUGACACCACGUCAUCUCGGACCACAGGAGACAGCAGCUCACUUUGAUCCCUAAAUAGCAAUUUGAACGUGUUGUUGAGAAAACCUCAAUCGCAUCAUGGCCGCCGGGAAGCUGCUCAACCUCUCUGCCUCGCGGCGCCUCGCGGCCGGCCUGCUGGCCAACCUGCUCUCCUCCAUCUGCAUCGUGUUCAUCAACAAGUGGAUCUACGUGCACUACGGCUUCCCCAACAUGGCCCUUACCCUGGUCCACUUUGCGGUCACCUGGCUGGGGUUGUACGUGUGCCAGAAGAUGGACGUCUUCUCCCCCAAGAGCCUGCCGCUGCGCAGGAUCGCGUGGCUGGCGCUGAGCUUCUGCGGCUUCGUGGCCUUCACCAACUUGUCGCUGCAGAACAACUCCAUCGGCACGUACCAGCUGGCCAAAUCCAUGACCACGCCCGUCAUCAUCCUCAUCCAGUCGAGCUACUACAAGAAGACCUUCUCCACCAAGAUUAAACUCACGCUGGUCCCGAUCACAUUCGGUGUGAUAUUGAACUCGUACUACGACGUGCGCUUCAAUGUGCUGGGGACGCUUUUCGCCACGUUGGGUGUUCUGGUGACGUCACUCUACCAAGUGUGGGUAGGAGCAAAACAACAUGAGCUCCAAGUCAACUCCAUGCAGCUGCUGUACUACCAGGCUCCUCUCUCGUCAGGCUUCCUGCUCGCCAUUAUUCCCUUCUUUGAGCCGCUCACGGGAGACGGAGGAAUAUUUGGACCGUGGUCUCUUUCUGCUCUGGUGACCGUGUUUCUCUCCGGAGUGGUGGCCUUCCUGGUCAACUUGUCCAUCUACUGGAUCAUUGGAAACACGUCAGCUGUGACCUACAACAUGUUCGGCCACUUCAAAUUCUGCAUCACCCUCGUCGGAGGAUAUGUGCUCUUCCAGGACCCGCUGUCACUCAACCAACACACUUGGCGAAGCGAGCCAUCGACUUUCCCGUUCAUUGUUUAUGUGCUGAGGGGGCGCGACCACGGAAUUCUGUGUUGCGACAAGUGCGGAGGAUAUUCGAUGCAACGCGCCCUCGAAUACGAAAAUGUUCUAUUCGAGAGCGGCGGCGCGGUGACGUCAGAGAGCUCCCCCAAGAGCAGAGGGGCUGGCGGAGUGAUUUCUGAAUGCUAUUUUGGCAGACUUGGAAUGGAAACGGCAAAGGGAGAAAUGGAGGGAGUUGUAAUAAUUGCGCUGUCCCACUAUCGCGUGCUUUGGGACAGCAGAAAAAUGAUAUAACGAGACAUCUCUCCAGGAGGCUUUCAAACUGCUCCCAGCCUGAAACCUCAAAGCGCUAUUUGUGAAACUGUAGCUCGCAAACAGCAGAAAGUAAAGGUAUCAAGUGUUGAGGGAACUGUUUAGUGCAAACAAGCGUCUGCCUCACAGUUCUGAGGACAAGGGUUCAAUCACCGACCCGCCUGUGUGGAGUUUGCACGUUCUCCCCGUGCCUGCGUGGCUUUUUUCCGGUUUCCUCCCACAUCGCAAAAACAUGCGUGCUCGAUUGAUCGAGGACUCUAAAUUGCCCUCGUGUGCGAAUGUGUGCGCGAAUGGUUGUUUGUUUAUAUGUGCCCUGCGAUUGGCUGGCGACCGGUUCAGGGUGUACCCCGCCUUCUGCCCGAUGAUAGCUGGGAUGGGCUCCAGCACGCCCCCGACCCUAGUGAGGAGAAGCGGCUCAGAAAAUGGAUGGAUGGAUGGGCCCUACGAAAGUGAUGCUCAGAAGAAGCAGCAGAUGACGUCCAUCAAAUUAAAGCUUGAAAUCAUAGAAAAACAUGAGUGAGGUGUGCGUUGAGUCGACUUGGCGGAGCACUACAAGUGUAGUACUUCGAUGUUAUGUACCAUACUAAAGGAACCUGUGUUUUAAUAUCACCUAUCAACUCUCGAGGUUCCAUGCGUGUUCGUUUUCGUGAAAGAACUACAAUUAUAACGACGUGUUAAAAGUCAACCAAUUUAUUCCUGACAGAGGAGUCUAUACAUUUUUCAGAGCUCUGGGUCAGUAGCUACGCUUAUCCUAGCCUCAGCAGAGACAGCGCAGACUGAACAAAACUAUCUGUUCCUGCCCCAGACUUAAACAAUGUCUCAAAGAGGAAGUAGGCAAUCGUCAUCGUCUGAUUGGUCCGUGGUCCAUUGACGUCGUCAUUGCUCUGCGGAAUGAUGGCCAUUUGCCGCUGGCUCCAGAAGCUGUUUCCACAUUCUUGCUUCUCAUAAAGUGAACAGCAACCUUUGUCGUCUCCAACAGAUGUUCCCCGCCGCUUCCAUGUGCACCCUUCUGGGAGCUUUCCUGCAUCACACCCUUAUCUGAUUUACAUUUGAGACUCCCUGCAAUAACACACCCAUGUUCACACCCAGACUAGUUGCCCAAUAAUACCAAAUAUCACAUUAAUACUGAAGCAGAAGUCGUCAAAAACAGCUUAAUGUGAGCCAAGAGCAUUAGUCAUUUCAAACCAGAAGACCUCUGUUCAUGAAAAGAUGGAGAAUGUGAGGAAAAUGUGAUGAAAAAGGCAAAAAAAAGAUUAAGUUCAGUGAAGUGAAAAAAAUCAUUCUUUACAUUGUGUUUUAUGUUAUUACUUUGUUUUAAUAGAGUUCAAUACUAUACAGUGCUAUUUUUUCUAAUUUUAAAAAAGGUUACUAAAUGUUUUUUUGGGGGGGGGGGGCUGGAACGGAUUAAUGGCAUUUCCAUUCAUAUCAAUGGGGACAGUUGAUUUGAGUGACAGAAGAAAUCAAAUUCAAGAUACUGCUGUAUUUGCUUCCAAC